AGUUAUUGGUAUUGGUUGGUGCUUGUUUAGUAUUGGUUAUUGUUGUUGACAUUGACGUAAUCACGGAAUGUCAUUAAUAAAAUCAGUAAAUAAAUGUCAUUUUAUAGUUCAGUCGUUCUGUUGAUGGUUGUGUUGUAAAAUAAUAACAAAACAAUUUAAAUCGUAUUUCUUUUUAUAAAUUAAAUCACUUGAACAAAUAAAUUAAAUGUUACAUUGAUUUAAAUGAACUUUAUAAGUCUAAUAUAGUUGUAUAUAAUCUGUUUAUUGAAGACGUUGACACGUGACAAAAGUUUUCGUACGUAAAGUGUUUUUAAUUAAAAUGACUGAAGGCAACAUACUUGUGAUCGGCAGCGGAGGCCGGGAACACGCGCUUUGUUGGAAACUUGCAGAUUCUCCGUACGUGAAACGCAUAUACUGCACCCCUGGAAGUGUCGGCAUUUCUACCACAAACAAAGUCGAGAGUGUGGAAUUAAACAUCACAGAUUAUCCAGCUGUCGCACAAUGGGCAAAAGAACACCAAAUCGACCUUGUAGUAAUAGGACCCGAGGAUCCCCUCGACGCUGGUAUCGUAGAUGCCCUUACUUCCUACGGUCUCCAAUGCUUUGGACCAACAAAGGCCGGGGCCCAGAUUGAAGCCAAUAAAGACUGGUCCAAGAAAUUCAUGGACAAAUACCAGAUUCCUACAGCGAGAUACAAAUCAUUUACUGAUGCUGCGUUGGCCAAGGAAUUCAUUAAUACUGCUCCAUAUCCAGCAUUGGUGGUAAAAGCAUCAGGACUGGCAGCUGGUAAAGGCGUGGUGGUCGCUUCAAGCAAGGAGGAGGCAUGUCAGGCAGUUGACGAGAUUUUAUCUGAAGCCAAGUUCGGUGAUGCUGGACAGACUGUCGUUAUUGAAGAGCUGCUGGAAGGCGAUGAGGUUUCUGUUCUAGCGUUCACGGACGGUGAAACGGUGUCACUGCUGCCCCCAGCGCAGGAUCACAAGCGGGUCGGGGACGGGGACACCGGCCCCAACACGGGGGGCAUGGGGGCGUACAGCCCGUGCCCCCUCAUCACCCCCGACCAGCUGGCGGAUGUCAAGGACCAAGUUCUGCAGCGGGCCGUCGACGGGUUGAAGGCCGAGGGGAUUAAAUAUGUCGGUAUCCUAUACGCCGGCCUGAUGGUCACCAAGGCGGGACCGAUGACCCUGGAGUUCAACUGCCGCUUCGGGGACCCGGAGACCCAAGUGCUGAUGACGCUGCUCGAGUCGGACCUUUACAGCAUCAUGAAAGCUUGCGUCAACGGGACACUGAAGCAACAACAAGUAACUUGGAACACUAAACUGUCGGCAGUUGGCGUUGUAAUUGCAUCUAAAGGAUAUCCAGAAACGUACACUAAGGGCUGCGUUAUAAGCGGUCUGAGCCAGGUGCAGGCGAUGCCGGGGCUGGUGGUGUUCCAGAGCGGCGUGGCGCGCGGCGCCAACGGCUCGCUGGUGACUCGGGGCGGCCGCGUGGUGGUGGUGGCGGCGCGGGCGGCCUCCCUGCGCGCCGCCGCCGCCGCCGCCACCGCCGCCGCCUCCGUCAUAGACUUCCCCGGCGCGCACCACCGCAAGGACAUCGCGCACAGAGCCUUCUCCAAAAUCAACGGUCUGUCAUACUUGCAAAGUGGAGUGGAUAUUGAUGCUGCAGCGACACUGGUCCGUGAAAUAGAACCACUAGCAACUGCCACCCAUAGACGAGGAGUUUUGGGUCGGUUGGGGUGCUACAGUGGGUUGUUCCAGUUGUCCGCCAUGGACCCCAGCUUGAAGGACCCCGUGCUCGUACAGGGAACUGAUGGGGUCGGCACCAAACUGAAGAUCGCUGAAAUAAUGAACAAAUACGACACCCUAGGCCAAGAUCUGGUGGCGAUGUGCGUUAACGAUAUCCUAUGCGCCGGCGCCGAGCCUUUCGCGUUCUUAGACUAUAUGGCCUGCGGACGGCUGCAGGUCGAUGUUGCUACCACCAUCGUCCGCGGCAUCGCUGAUGCUUGCAUGUUGUCCGGAUGUGCUCUCUUGGGUGGCGAGACGGCGGAGAUGCCGUCGAUGUACGAGGCGGGCAAGUACGACCUCGCGGGGUUCGCGGUGGGCGUCGUCGACGGCGCGCGGCAACUACCGCGCGCACAGCGCAUGCGCACGGCGGACCUCGUGCUGGGGCUGCCGGCCACCGGCGCACACAGCAACGGGUACAGCCUCGUGCAGAAGAUCAUGGCCGAGAACAACCUGCUGCCGCAGUCCAUUGGGACCUCGUGCUGGGGCUGCCGAUACACCGAUCCAGCCCCUUUUAGCACCAAUAACAAAUCUCUCGGGGAAGAGUUCCUUACCCCUACCGGGAUAUACGUGAAAGCCCUAUUGCCGGCCAUCAAGAAAGAUCUAAUCAAAGGUCUCGCUCACAUCACUGGCGGCGGACUACUCGAGAACAUCCCCAGGAUACUACCACCACAUCUGAAGGUCAAACUGGAUGCUACGAAAUUUAAUAUCAAACCUAUUUUCGCUUGGCUUCAGGCUAAAGGACAAGUGUCAGAGUACGAGAUGUUGCGAACAUUCAACUGCGGUGUGGGAAUGGUCCUCAUAGCGGACCCACAGCACUUGAGCGAACUUCAGCUGCUGGUGGGAGAAGACCUCGCAGUCAUCGGCACCGUCGAAGAAAUAGGACCCUUAGGCGGUCCGCAGACGGAGGUAUCGGGGUUCCUGUCCGCGCUGAAGCCUCUGGCGGCGACCUGGACCGCGGCCCGGGCUCCGCGCCCGCUCUCCUACAAGGACAGCGGCGUAGACAUCGAGGCCGGAGACUCGCUAGUAUCGCUCAUCAAGCCGCUCGCCAGGUCGACCACGCGGUCAGGUGUGAUAGGCGGCCUCGGCGGGUUCGGGGGUUGCUUCCAGUUGAAGGCAAUUGAACAAGAGUACAAGGACCCGGUGCUGGUGCUGGCGGCGGACGGCGUGGGCACGAAGCUGCGGAUCGCGCAGAAGAUGAACGAGCACGGCACCAUCGGCGUGGACCUGGUGGCCAUGUGCGUCAACGACAUCCUCUGCAACGGCGCCGCGCCGCUCACCUUCCUGGACUACUUCGCGUGCGGGCGGCUGCAGCUGCACGUGGCCGCCGCCGUGGUGGCGGGCGUGGCCGACGGCUGCCGCCACGCCGGCGCCGCCCUCAUCGGCGGCGAGACGGCGGAGAUGCCGGGCAUGUACCCGGCGGGCGUGUACGACGUGGCGGGGUUCGCGCUGGGCGUCGUCGAGCGGGACCGCAUCCUGCCCAAGAUCAACGACAUCACGGUUGGCGAUAUCAUAAUAGGACUACCGUCCAACGGUGUACACAGCAACGGCUUCAGUUUAAUACACAAGCUGAUGAAGAAACUUGGUCUCACGCUCGACGACAAAGCACCGUUUAGCAAAGAAGGGCUUACUUUAGGCGAAGAACUGAUCAAGCCGACGCGGAUCUACGUGCGCAGCGUACUGCCGGCCCUGCGCGGGGGACGAGUCAAGGCGCUGGCGCACAUCACCGGCGGCGGACUCCUCGACAACCUGCCGCGCGUCAUGCCGCGCUCCGUGCGCGCGCGGCUCAACGCGCACUACUGGCACGUGCACCCCGUACGUACCGAGACAACCUGCCGCGUUCACGUGACCGACGACGACAUGCCGCGCGACUUUCGAUAUCUCUAUUCUAUUAUAUUGUAUAUUUAUAAAACACAGGUGAUGAACAUAACACGUUCGUUCGGCGCAAUGGUCAUCGGCAGCAUACAAGCUCGUCCGCCCGGCGGCGCUCGUGUCCUCGUCGACAACUUCGCGUCAGCCGUUGAAUUCACGCGGCGCAUGCCCAUGUUGCCCAACAAGAAGGUGGCGGUGCUGGCGUCAGGUAACGGCAGCAACCUGCAGGCGCUGAUCGACGCCACCCGCGACCCCGCGCAGUACAUGUGCUCCGAGGUGGCGCUGGUCGUCACCAACAAGAAGAACGCCUACGCGCUCAAACGGGCCGAGGAAGCUGGCAUACCCACCCUGAUAUUCAACUACACAAAGUACGAGAGUCGCGAGGAAUUCGACCGCGCAAUCUCAGCUGCGCUCGAAUCUCACAAAAUUGACAUCGUCUGCCUCGCUGGCUACAUGAGGAUCCUGUCCGCUGAAUUUGUGCAAAGGUGGAAGGGCCGCCUGCUGAACAUCCACCCGUCGCUGCUGCCGCGCCACCCCGGCCUCGACGCGCACCAACAGUGCCUCGACGCCGGCGACAGCGAGAGCGGCUGCACCGUGCACUUCGUUGAUGAGGGCAUGGACACGGGCCCCAUCGUGCUGCAGGAGCGCGUGGCCGUGGUGCGCGGAGACACGCGCGAGUCCCUGGCCGAGCGCGUGCUGCUCGCAGAACACCGCGCCUACCCGCGCGCGCUCCGCCUGCUGGCCACCGGGCGGGUGCGGCUCUCCGCGCGCGGAGAACUCGUCUGGUACUCCUAGCUGUGCCCCAC